AUGCUGGGCAUCCACAAGCUGCUCCCGGUCCUACCAGCAUCCCCUUACGGGCUGAGAUCUCCCAGCCCCACUUGGCUCAGGCUCAGCCUUCGGGGCCGGAUUUCCCCUAUCAGCGAGGAGAUAAGGAGGAGGAAAGGCCUUUUAUUCCCUCUGCGGAUCGGAACCCAGCAGGAAGCCCAUGGCCACGCAGAGCCCCUUGGACAGCCUGCAGAGCGAAGCCUCCUGCUCCAUCUGCUUGGGUUACUUCCAGGAUCCCGUCUCCAUCCCCUGCGGCCACAAUUUCUGCCGGGUUUGCAUCUCCCGCUGCUGGGAAGGGCUGGAGGGUAAUUUCCCCUGUCCACAAUGCAGGAAAACGACGUUGCACAAAAAUUUCCGCCCCAGCAGAGAGCUGGCAAAUAUCGCCGGCAUCGCCCGGCAGCUGAGCUUGCAUUCCUCGACUUGGUGCAAGCAGCACUGCGAGGCUCUCAAGCUCUUCUGCAAAGAGGACCAAGAGCCCAUCUGCGCUCAGUGCGACGCGUCCCAGGCUCACCGCUGCCACACUGUGCUCCCUGCCCACCAGGCGGCCCAGGAGUACAAGGAAGAAAUCCAGGCUCGCCUCCAGGCUUCAAAGGAGGAGAGGGAAAAAUACCUGGAAAGCAGAAAGACUGGUGGAAGGACGGGCUUGUAUUUGGAGAAAACCAAGAAGGAAGGGAAGAGGGUAGUGUGUGAAUUCGAGCAGUUGCAGCGAUUUCUGAAGGAGAAGGAGCGUUUCCUGCUGGUCCAGCUGGCAGACCUGGACAGAGCCAUCGCCAAAGUGCAGGAGGACGCGGUGACCAAGGUGUUGGAGGAGAUGUCCCACCUCGACACCCUGAUCUGGGAGAUGGAGGGCAAAUUCCAGCAGCCCGACAGCAAAUUCCUGCUGGACAUCAGGAGGCUCCUGAAUAGCUGUGAGGUGAUGAAGUUCAGCCCCCCGGCAGAGAUUUCCCCCACUCUGGAAAGAAGAUUGGAGGACUUUCUUCACAAGAACGUCCUGGUGAAAUGCACGCUGAGGAAGUGCCAAGACAGCCUGAUGUUUCAACUGCAGGAGCCAGCCAACAUCACCAUGGACCCCACCACCACUCACCCCAACCUCCACCUCUCCGAGGACCGAAAACAAGCCCGGGGUCAACUGAUGCCACAGGAGCUCCCCGAGAACCCCGAGAGGUUCAGCUUCGAGCCCUGCGUGUUGGGCUGCCAGGGCUUCACCUCGGGGAGGCACUUCUGGGAGGUGGAGGUGGGACAGGGGGGGGUUUGGGCCCUUGGGGUGGCCCGAGCUUCCAUGAAGAGGAAGGGACCCAUGAGCUUCAGCCCCAAAGAAGGGGUCUGGGCGCUGGAGGCCUAUCACUCCCUCACGUCCCCCCGUGCCAACCUACGUCUGAAUGCACUGCCCAGAAGGAUUCGGGUCUCCUUGGACUACGAAGGGGGUCGGGUGGCGUUUUUCAGCUCGGAUGACGACACUCCCAUCUUGGUGUACACCAGGGCUUCGUUCAACGGGGAGAAGGUCCUCCCUUGGUUCAAGAUAGGGAUGGGGGCUCGCCUGCAAGAAAUCACCCAAAAUUCCCCUUCGGAGGAGCAGCCCACGAGCGGGCAGCUGAUGUCCCAUCUGGACUGGGUCGGGUUCAGGUCUCCACUAAAGAUCUGUUCUUGAGAUGCCCGUUAGUGAAAGGGACGUCGGGUGGGAUGCGUGCUGUGCUCGCUUGGAGCAUCCUGCCAAGGGGACCGGCUGCUCCACGCCAUGUCUGUCCCCAUGGGGAGCCCUGGGUUGGUCUGCAGAAACCACCAGAGAGCAUCGAAGAGCUGGGAGGAAAUGCAUACAUCUGUCUGUUCUCUAUCUGACAUCCAUGGCGGGGCAGAUCCGGGGUGUUCUGCAAAGGGAUGCGGCCUUUCGCUGCAAAUAGCAAUGCCUGGUGUGGGGAGCUGGUCUCUGCCUACGUUCCUGAUAUUAAUCUUAAUUAAAAGUCUGUUCUGCGCA